AUGAAAUCAGGAGAUCUUGCCAUUGGGAUCUUCUUCCUGUCCCAGACUGCACUGGGGAUUCUGGGGAACUUAGCAUUGCUUUGCUGUUUUCUUAUGUCUACCUUCAGUGUGAACAGGGUGAGGCCCACAGAUGUCAUUGUCAAACACCUGACCUGGGCCAACAUUGUUGUUCUUCUCUGCAAAGGGAUCCCUAAGACAAUGGUUGCUUUUGAUCAGACAUAUUCCUUAGAUAUCAUUUCAUGUAAACUUCUCUUCUAUUUUCAUAGAGUUGCCAGGGGAGUAUCCAUUGGUUGUACAUCCCUGCUGAGUGUCUUUCAGGCCAUAACCAUCAGCCCCCACACUUCCAAGUGGGCACAGCUGAAAGUCAGACUCCACAGAAUCAUUGGUCCAUCCCUGGGCCUGUGCUGGGCCUUUUACCUAUUUUUAAAUAUCGUAAUUAUUGAGGGAGUGACUAAUAUGAGAAAUAAAGGAAAUCUUACAGAAUUUAGAGAUUUUUUAUACUGUUUAAUAAUAAAACUUCCCAAACAAACUUCCAUAGUACUUGCUAUACUAUUGGUUGCCAGUGAUGUUAUGUGUUUGGGACUCAUGAUAUGGGCCAGUGGCUCCAUGGUGUUGAUCUUGUUCAAGCAUAAACAGAGGGUCCAGCAUAUCCACAGAUCCCUGUCCUCUAAAUCAUUUCCUGAAACCAAGGCCACACAAAGCAUUCUUAUCUUAGUGAGCAGCUUUGUGGUCCUUUAUGUAACCUCUGCUACCUUAACCAUGUAUUUUCCUUUCCAGGAUGGAGGAGGUACAUGGGUGGCCAAUGCCAAUGUGGCCAUGAGUGCCUCCUUCCCAGCAGUUUGCCCCUUUCUGCUAAUAAGACACUAUACGAGUAAUUUUCAUCCUUACAGUACUUGA